GUAUUCAAUAUGUGCGACGAGCGGUCGGAAGUCGAGACUCUGCGUGAGAUAUAUUACCUAACCCAUGGUGCCAUGGCGGACACCAGUUGGCGAAAGUUGUUGGCGUUGGGCGACUCUUUGGAGCAGCAGCUGAAGCGCAAGCUGCUCUGGGUCUGGCCCACGGCACCAGACUUGGAUUACUUCAAUCAGCUAUUGUCCAUGCAUGGAAUCCGGAAUGUCCUGAGCGUUGGCUGCGGCACCGGGCUCCUGGAAUGGCUGAUAACGGCAGCUGGUGGAAAGAAAGCCUCUAUGUUCGGCCUGGAAGUGGAUCGUAACUGGUGGCAGAGCAAGUACUCCGUGCGCAGUUUUAUACCGCUGAACUAUGCGGAGAAUUCCACCCAACUGGAUGCAGAUUUCCUCAACAGUUGCUGCGAAAACGCCCCUCCUUGCGCGCUUCUCUUCUGCUAUUUUAACAAUCGGCGCGCUUUCUUGGACUACCUUGAUGUAUUUGGAGGCAGAUGGAUAAUAUUGAUUGGCCCACAGCCCGCCCUGGGUAUCCACACAGAUCCCAAUCCCGUUCAGCCCCAGCUACCCGGCAACCAGUGGACACUGCGAGAGCGCCUCAACUGGACCGACCGCAACGUUGUGGCGUUCUACGAGAAGAUUAGCCUAGAUUAGUGUGUAGUAAAUAUAAUGUUAUUGUAGUAAUAAA